GUGAUCAGAUUGCAUGUUGCCCAUGUGUGUACUAGACAGUCGAAUCUGUCUUUGCUGCUGCUGCUUGUAUUCUCUAUUCUCAUAUCCUCUAAUAUCAUUCUUUUGACAAAUCAAGGUGUAAAGGUAAACGGAGGAGGUAGCUAUGGGGUUUGCAAAGGACAACGCCGUUGAUGAUACUAUCCAACUGGAGAAAGUCCUGCACAUGAAUGCAGGAGAAGGAGACAAUAGUUAUGCCAGUAACUCCUUACUUCAGAGAAAGGUGAUGCUAAAAGCAAACAAGGUUGUACAAGAAAGCAUUAAGGAGUUGUACAAUAAGGGUUUUUCAGAAUGCAUAACAAUGGCAGACAUGGGUUGCUCAUCAGGACCCAACGCUUUCAUUCCCAUGUGGGAGAUUAUAGAGGCCAUUGAUAAAACAUGCAACCAACUGAACAGAAAACCUCCCAUCUUGCAGGUUUUCUUGAAUGAUCUUCCAGGAAAUGACUUCAACUCCAUCUUCAAGUCACUGCCAAAUUUGUAUAAGAAACUUGAGGAAGAGAAAGGGAAGUUCGGGCCUUGUUUUAUAGCUGCUAUGCCUGGAAGUUUUUAUGGAAGGCUCUUCCUGCCACAUUCUCUUCACUUCGUUCACUCUUCUUACAGUCUCCACUGGUGCUCAGAGGUACCAAAAAUUCCAUUAAACAAAGGUAACAUAUACGUGGCAAAGACGAGUCCUCCUAGUGUCCACAAAGCAUAUCUAGAUCAAUUUGAGAGAGACUUCAAUACAUUUUUAAGAUCACGUUCUGCAGAAGUGAUACCUGGAGGUCAAAUGGUCAUAACCAUCAUUGGCAGAGAUAAGGACAUGGAUCAAUCAGAUAAAUAUAGCCCCACCAUUUGGGAGCUGUUUGGGAUAAUACUAAAUGACAUGGUCUCAGAGGGUUUAAUCGAAGAAUCAAAGCUGGACUCGUUCAACAUUCCACUAUAUGCAGCUUCAGCAGAAGAAGUGAAAAAUGUGAUCGAAGCAGAAGGGUCAUUUAACAUCAAUAGGCUUGAAUCUUUCCACAUAGGCUGGGAUGCAAGCAUUGAUGAUCAUUACAAAGCCUCUAUGGAUAAGCAUACAAGAGGCAUGUGGGUAGCUAACUGUUUUAGGGCUGCAUCAGAAUCCAUUUUAACACAUCAUUUUGGAGGCGAGCUCAUUGAUAUUAUGUUUCAGAGGUUUUCUGUGGGAAUAGGAGAGUACAUGGAAAUGGCGGAUGGUGCUUAUACCAAUCAUGUUGUUUCCAUGACGAAGGCAUGAAUAAAAUCCUUAUAUUUACAUAUAAUGUUUGAGGAAGAUUGUCAUCAGAAUGAAGUCCAGUGUUCUAGUGCUCACAUUAAGGGUUUUAUAUUCACUACCUAAUCACAUUACCUUCGUUCUAUUUGAUUGAAAUGAAUUCUAUAAGAGGAUUGAGUUUAAA